UUCAUACGUGUUUUGUCAAAUUUAGUUUAUUGUAGUCUGUAGUAUUUAGUUUAUUAUUGUGAGAUCAUAUGGGCUUGGCUUGAUAUAUUCAUUGAUAAAAUUCUGUAGUGAACUAUGAAAACUUCACGAAAAACAUGAUGGUUGAAGUUAUCGUAGAAUUCGACUAUAUUGCGAAUGAACCAGAUGAACUCACUAUCAAGAAAGGUGACAUAAUAAAAGAUGUAGUAAAGAAAAAAGGAGGAUGGUGGGAAGGUGUAUUGAAUCAAAAAAAAGGGAUGUUUCCUGACAAUUUUGUUCGUCCUCUUGAGAAAGAUUCAUCAGUUUCAUUGCGAAACAAGAAAGAUGUUUUACGAAUACGACAGUGUAGAGUAGUUUUUUCGUAUAAUCAGGAUCAUGAAGAUGAAUUGAACUUAAAGGUAGGCGACAUAAUUGAUAUAAUUGGAGAGGAAGAAGAAGGUUGGUGGAAAGGAAGUCUCAACGGAAAACAGGGUGUUUUUCCAUCAAAUUUUGUGGAAGAGAUUCCUUGGCAACCUCAUGCUUCUAGUAGAGAAGUGUCUCUUGCUACCGAGUUAGAUUUGAAAGCUCCAACUCUACCUGCCAAACCAGUGAAACAAUUGUGUGAAGCCAAAUUUCCCUAUAAAGCUCAGAACGAAGAUGAGCUCUCCUUUAAAGAAGGCGACAUCAUAGUAUUGAUAAAUAAAGAUAGUCAGGACCCAGGGUGGUGGCAAGGAGAAUUAAAUGGAAAAAUUGGAGUAUUUCCUGAUAAUUUUGUGAUUCCUAUUUCCAGUGCUGAAGACAGAAGUAAUAUUAGGGACGAUAAUAAAUCAUCUAGAAUAGUUACUGAAAAAGGUGCCAUCAAACCAAGUUCCAUAGCGUCUCAAAGAAAAUCACUAGAAAUAAAAAAUGAUAAAAAAUCAGAAGUGAAAAAUGAUAAAAAAUCAGAAGCAAAAAAUGAUAAGGUCAACCUUGAUCCUAGCCCAACAUCUAACAAGAGCCCACCGAUUCCUGGUAAAAAACCUUCUAUAUCUCUCAAGAAGUCUCCUUCAGGGACCAGCCCUGGAUUGUUUUCUGAAAUCAAAAAGAAAUUGGUCGAUGUUGUUGAUGGUGCAACAAGUAGUAAAAACUCACCUCCAAAGACUGAACAGCUAGAAACUAAAGACAACAGCUCGGAAAAUGCUUUCGACCAAGUGGAGAGGAGACCCUUGUUGACUGAUGUGAGAGCUACAAGAGUGAAAGCUCCUGGUCGAAGGCUACCAACAACUGUCCACAAGGAUGAUGAAGAUCAUUCAAUACCUAACGGCAAUGUUGAUCACUUCAUUGAUUCCUCUGAAGUAUCUCUUGGUCUUCACGUUUCAGAAACUGAUGGUGAAAAACCACGUUUGAGAGAAUGGGAGAAACACAAGGCUCCGUGGUUAGAAGAAAUGAAGCUGAACCAAGCCAAGAGAACCUCAAUAUCUCCUGGACCAGAAAAUAAACCUGGCAAAUUGGCACCAAUGACUGAGAGGAGUAUUGAUGUUGAAGACCUGAAGCCAAAUAAAUUAUCUCCACUUGAGAAAGAGGUGGAUAUGUCCAAAUCCAUGCCAUCUCUGGAAUUAUCAAAAUCGCUCAACUCCAAGUUGAAAACUUCGCCAAGUGAAUUGGAGAAAGUACCUUUGAUAAAAUCUAAACCUGCCAUUUCCACUGUUAUAACACACCGACAGAGCGCCAUUAAUAAUAAUAUUAAAGAAUUACCUCCAGCACCUAACAGACAUACCAUAAGUAUGCCCAGCAUGAUAGCAAAAGAUAAUACAACUGUUAAGCCUCCAGCUCCUUCACCUCCCAAAGUAUCGCCCGUUACUUCUGUAGCAAGCAAAAGUCCAGUAUCAUCAGAGAAGAUAGAAUUAGUCAAACCAAAUACAGAUAUUCAGGAAAAUAUAACUAGUGCUCAAUAUAUAGGCAUAUUGGAAAGGUUACAAAAGUUGGAAAUUUUGGUGGAAAAACAAAAUCAAACCAUAGAGGAGCUCAAAAAUAAACUGCAAUUAGAAACAGACAUGAGAAUGUUACUGCAGGAAAAAGUUAUGCAGAAUGUACAGGUUUGAGUUGAAUUGUUAUGUUUUGUUUCGAUGGCUGUCAAUAUCCUGAUUUAAUGUUCAGGUGUGUUUUAAAUAAUUCCGUUAGUAAUUCUUCAGAAAACUUCGUUAGUUUCUGAUUGAAUUAAGGUUGUGUGAUUUUUUUAGAAUGAGCGGAAUACAUUAUCAAAUUGUUUAGUUUAGUGGUACAUCAUCAUGCCACCUUCGUAUAUUUCAAAUAUUUAUUCACACAAUUUAAGUGGACCCAUUUAUUCAUUGUAUCAUUUUAUAUCCUGCAUUUGCCAUACUAUAAUUUAUGUAAGUAGUAAUUUAUUAUACAUUGUUCUCUGAUUGUUGGAAGUGUCAUCCCAAUUUUUUAAAUACAUAAUACUGAAAUUAAUUUCGAAUUUACAUAUAUUUUAAAUGAAAAACGGUAGAUUAUACAAAAAAUUUUAGUUCAACCUUACCAAAUUCAAAUCGACCAGAACUAUUCUUUGACAGUUGAUAUCUUUGAUACUCUCCAAAUGUAAUAUUUCAAUUUGUUAUUUUUUGAUUAUGGAAAAAUUAAAUCAAGACAUUAACAAAGAUAAAUCAAUGCGUCAACAAUGUUUUAAAACACUUCCUUAUUUGGAGUGAUAAAGUUACAGAAAAAUUGUUAUAGGUGAAGGUGCUGAAUAGAAGUCAGUGAAAAAUUUAAUGUAUUGCGAACAUUUCACAAACUAACAGUCAUAUUUAUUAAGAGUAUCUAGAUGUUUUGAAUAGUAAUUCCAAAUUGGAAUUAAAAUGAGAAUAGCUGGUCAACUUAUUUGAAUCUGGUAUAUUGUCGAACAAAUUAUCAGAAAACCUUCAGAAUAUUAUGACAGUUUCAAUAAUAUUCAAUUUGAUUUCAAGUCCCAUACCCAAAACAGGAUAUAUUACUUAAAUUUUUGUCUUUUUCUUUGUUUUUUAAGAGUAACAUAAACUUUAUCGAUAUGUAAACGUAUUUUAAUAUUACUUAUUAUAACAUGAUUUAUCAUUACUAUAUCAUAUUUGAAGGCAGCUUUGUUUUAUACAUUCGUAUAUAAUUUGGUUUCACCCACAUUCUAUCAGGAGUAUAUAUGGCAAUCAGUUUUGUAAAAAGUAGCCACACUAAGUAAGCAUUUAUUUAUAUGCCACUGUAAAAUUUUGUACAUUUUUAUCAUAGCUAUUGCUAUUUUAUAGAAGCUUUUUUACCAUUUAAGCCUAAUCUUUUAAUUUGUAAUUAAUGAAAAGUAUUAUGCAGUAUUGUUUAAUGGUUAUUUUUAUUAAGGAAAAUUGUAAAAAAAAAUUACGAAAAAGUGCUCAGCAAUUUGACAAUUUUAUUGAAUUGGAAAUCAACUUUCCCAGAAAUAUGUGUUGCAUUCAACUAUUACUCCAUUUUGGUGUCAUUUCAUUUCACUCAGUAAUUAACAGUGAAUAUUGACGAUAGUUGGAAUGUAGUUCAAAUGUAGCACUCAUCUCUGGAAAUUGCUUAACUAAUUUCUUCUAAAAAUUAUACAUAUUCUGAAUAAAUUGGAUUACAUUUCUUGUGAAAGUUCAAGAGGUUAAGGUCAUCAAUGGGAAUCACUUUACAAAUCCUAGACAUUUAAAGUAUAAUUUGAAAGAAAAUAUUAAAUUAUCUAAACUGUUCAGGUCAUCUCCUUAUGACGCCAUCUUGGUAGGUGAAACUUUCUGAAAAAAUGUUGCAUUUUUUCACUAGAAAAACACUCAGCAUUUUCCCUAAUUUUCUCAUUUUUGUUGUCACGAUAUCAAUAUCUAAUGGCUAAUAUUUUGCGAAUAGAUAUGACUUGUUUAUAGUAGCUUAAAUGGUAGUGAAAACCAGCGGCUUAUAGGCGAAAUUUGCAUAUAAAAAAUUUCAAUUUCAAGUAUACUAUAUUCAUUUAAGAGAUCAUUUUUUGAAUGAUCCAAUUCAAUGUAAGACUUUUCGCUUUUCAAAAGAUGGGAGUUGUUAUUGAAAAUAUUUGGAAAUUUUUAUUAUUAGAAGGAAUCGUUUCGUCAUAGAAGCCAUGAAAAAUAAUAUGUAGGGCUAGUCGACCCACAGUUAUUUUAGCUGAAAAACUAUUUAGUCAACACUUGACUGGAAUCAUGCAAUGGAAUCUUGCCUGGGUAUCAAAGAAUCAGUAUUUAUUUUUAUAUCUAAGUUGCAAAUAAUUACUAUAGAAAUAGAUUCAAUUGAUAUCCUGUUGGUAAAUUCAUUCACGAAGUUACUGCUAUUUUAUAUGAUGGUUCAGCUCAUGCUCUGGUAUGCCAUUUUGAAUGCAGGUUCCAAUGCUCUACUCCGGUACUUAAAGGACGACUUGUAUGGAUCGCUCUAAACGAGUAUGUCAUAUGAAUUGCUCAAUGUUAUCAAUGCAUAAUAUCAUGUGACCAUUCAAAAUAAGUUCAUAGAUUACGUCAACAAAAAAAUAUUUUAGAGACUCACCAAAUAACUGACAAGUUUGUCGAGAAUUGAACCUAAUCAGUCUUUCUAAAAGAAGAGGUAUCACUUACACCAGAUUCACCAUCAAAAUUCUGAAUGUAUUGACCAUACCAUUUCAAUUAAAGAUCUGAUUCAAUAUAAUACUCCACAAUAUCCUAUCCGAUAAUAUCAAUUGUUUAAUACAUCUUUAACAAACACAAAUUACUUCAUGUAUUUACCUCUGCAUCUUUGUCUGAAAAGUUAUAACUGUAUUUCAAAUAUUAUAGACAUUGAUAUUUUUUCUAAUUCCUUGACCACCUUCGUGUUGAAACUAAAGAAACAUGUUUUCUCCUAAUUUAAUUCGGAUGUGUAAUUUGUGCCAUACUUUGACCACUGCUUGCAAUAUCUAUUUUCUUAGAAUAGCAUUUACAAUUUAUAUGUGAAUACUGUCUUUGGGUUUGUCCCAUUUGUAUUCCUAUACAACUAAAUAAAUGAAUAAAUUAUUUGCUCACCCAAGUCUCAACGUUUGAGAGUUGCUAUUCAAAGGGAGUUGAACUUGAGCAUUGAAAAAACAUUUUAGGUUCACAAACCUAUUUUCAACAUUGAAAAUGGCAUGUUGAUAAAUCAACCCGUUUAUGUGAUAGAAUAUGUACUUAAUUCAAAAAAAUGCUUCCUUUGCCCUUUUUCAAAAAAUUCUGAGCCGAUAACUUGAAAAUUUGUAAGUAAUAGUUGUUACUUACAAACCAAUUAAGUUUAAAAAAACACCAACUCUCAGUUUUAGACAAAUAUGAAAGAACCAUAUCGACUCUAUUUCAAAAGUUGUAAGGGUGCAUGAAUUUUUUUAAUGUUCUCCUAGAACUUGAUGUUCUUUGAAAUAAUUUUUUAUAAUAUAAAAUUUUGUACUUAAAAAAUCUAUAAAUGAGUUAUUGGUGCAAACCAAUAGUGUUCCAACCAAUGUGUCGAUACUGGAUUUGAUUUUUUAAAGUACUUUUUCAAAAUCGUAAUCUCUCUAGAUCCUGUACAGAUCCUGAAAGCUCUUGAGUCUGUAAAGUAGAAUUUUGGAAAUCACAAGUUUUACCACCAAAUAAAAACUGAAUAAUUCUUUUAUGGUUGAUUACCAAUUAUGCGAAUGUACUAUGGCCAAAUCUUCACCAGACAGGAAUGACACCUCAAUAUACUAUAAAUAGAUACUUAUUAUAGAUAAACUGUUUUUGAUCCUAAUUUAUUCAGUUUUGUGUGAUUUUGAAGAAACUAUCUGAUUAUUGAGUAUUAUUAAAGAGGUGAUAGCUAUGCUUUUUCUAUAAAAAAAACAUGUAAAUUUUGAAUUGUAUAUUUUCUAUAUGAAACUGUAAUUAAUACAUUAACCAAGAUUUAUUUUAUUGAAAGCAAUUGUAACAUUCCAUUUUAGUGAUGGUUGAGUUUGUCAUGGAUUGUAUAUGGCUACUUAAUUUUGUUGGUAAACUGAAAUAAUAAACUAUAUAUUGUAAUUUAUGGAAUGUUGUAUUAUACUUUCCAUGAUGAACCUUUAUUUUAAAGCAAAGAAUUAUUGUACUUAGGCAUAUUUGUUGACUUAAUAAAUUAUGAAACCAAAAUUGAACCAUA